GCUCUUUUAACCCCGCCCGCCCAGGGCUCCAAGCGAAUCUGCUGUCAGAAAUAAGUGGGGUCGGGGGUCUGAGGGCCCCGCGGUAGUUGGACAGCCCUUGCGCGGCACGCGCUGGGCGGAGCUGGGUGGUAAAGCUGCAAUUUUAGGGAGCGCAGACACCCAGGAGGGUGACUGACUGGUGUUGGUGCAGGUUGGCUGGGACUGGCCCGUCAAAACGUCACUAACGCCCCAUCCGUGAGUGGUCGUUCUGGAGCAAGAUCACGGAGACCUGUAUUCUUUGUGGUUGUCAACAACUUAGUUAGCCAGAUUGAGCCUCAAUUUUCCCAGCUGGAAAGUGGAACUAACUGUUCGUAACUAGUGAGCUGUUCAUGAACUAGGUAGUAUUGCCAUCUGAAGUAAAUCAUGGCAGAAGAAGAGGACUACAUGUCAGAUUCCUUCAUUAACGUUCAAGAAGACAUCAGACCAGGUGUGCCAAUGCUGAGGCAGAUCCGAGCAGCCCGUCGAAAAGAAGAAAAGCAACAGGAAGCUAAUCUGAAAAAUAGGCAGAAGAGUGUGAAAGAAGAAGAACAGGAAAGACGCGACAUCGGGUUGAAGAGUGCACUAGGCUGUGAAAACAAAGGAUUCGCUUUGCUCCAGAAGAUGGGCUAUAAGAGCGGCCAGGCUCUGGGCAAGACUGGAGCUGGUAUUGUUGAACCAAUUCCUCUCAAUGUCAAAACAGGAAAAAGCGGCAUAGGUCACGAGUCAUUAUUAAAGCGGAAAGCAGAGGAAAGGCUAGAAAACUACAAGAGAAAAAUUCACAUGAAAAACCAAAAUGAAGAAAAGGCUGCUGAGCAGUUUCGGAUGCGACUGAAAAACAAGCAAGAUGAAAUGAGGCUUGAAGGAGACCUGAGAAGAAGCCAGCGUGCUUGCCAGCAGCUUGAUGCCCAGAAGAAUAUUCAGGUUCCCAGAGAGGUAUGGUACUGGAUAAGGCCUGAAGAAGACACUGAAGAAGAGGAAGUGGAGGAGGAACAGGAUGAAGAUGAAUACACGAGUGAAGAUUUGAGUGUGCUGGAAAAACUGCAGAUCCUCACAGGCUACUUACGAGAAGAACAUCUGUAUUGCAUUUGGUGUGGGACAGCCUAUGAAGAUAAAGAAGACUUAUCUUCCAAUUGCCCAGGACCAACCUCUGCAGAUCAUGACUGAGAUUAUUCCCAAUAAAAUAAAACCAUGUAUUCAGAUGUCCUUCCAUUCAGCCAAGGUCCUCAGAAUUUCGGAUGUACUGGGUCGUUCCGUGGGCUUCUUCGAGAGUAAUAUCAUUAGAAGGCUUUUCUGUUAAGUACAGUUAAGAGUCAGUACUGAGUAAGAAAACAGUAGAAAAGAAAUAAAUGAUGGCUUUCAAGUG